AACGGGCCUUUAGUCUGUGAGUGUUCUUUAUUUUCUUUGACCCUAAAGCCCAAGCGGGUGAAAAGCAAAGCAAUCCAAUCGAGGCGUGAUAUUUCCGGGUCCUAUGACUUAUCAGGUGGUUGUCCGGUGGGAGGAGAGGGAGAGGGAGAGUGUGCUUUCUGUUUGAAUGCUUUCCUUACCCUCGUCCCUGAACCCAAGCACUUCUCCAAACUGUGUGAGGGAGAAGAGGGCAAGUGGUUGUUCAUAGUUGCCAAAACUUUCCUCUCUCAUAACUGACAUUUGGCAGCAUGGCAGGCGGGUCCGUGUCGGAGUGCAAGGAGUAUUUGUUUAAAGUUUUGGUAAUCGGGGAACUUGGUGUGGGAAAGACGAGCAUCAUCAAGCGGUACGUGCAUCAACUCUUUUCGCAACACUACAGAGCGACCAUAGGAGUGGAUUUUGCGCUCAAAGUCCUCCACUGGGACAGCAAAACGCUAGUGCGGCUACAGCUGUGGGACAUCGCAGGUCAAGAACGCUUUGGGAACAUGACUAGAGUUUACUACAAGGAGGCAGUGGGUGCAUUUGUUGUUUCUGACAUUACUCGAGGCUCUACAUUUGAAGCUGUUUCAAAAUGGAAGCAUGAUUUGGACAGCAAGGUGAAACUGGCCAAUGGCAAUCCUAUCCCUUCUGUCCUUCUCGCCAACAAAUGUGACCAGAAAAAAGAUGGAUCCAACAAUUCCACACUUAUGGACAACUUCUGCAAGGAGGCUGGGUUUUUGGGUUGGUUUGAAACGUCAGCUAAGGAAAACAUCAACGUUGAUGAGGCUGCCCGGUUCCUGGUGGAGAACAUCCUUCUCAACGAUAAAGGUCUUCCAUAUGAAGAGAACAAUGGUGACAAGAUUAAACUGGACCAACAAACAAUGCCUGCUGAGAGCAAGUCAGGUUGCUGCUAGUGUGGAUGCUCUCUUGUUUUAAAAAAAUCCCCCAAUCUCACCUCAUCCCAAACCCAUGCCACGGAUCACAUACAUAACCAGGGGUAGACAGUUUUGUGCUCUAAAACGGGAGAAGACAUCACUGCCAAAGGACAGAUGAUCAGAUGAAAACAUCUGAUGCUUUUAAUGACCAGUUUUUCUCUCUCACUCUUGUUAUGUGCCAUGUUUGUCCUUUUAAAAGUGUCAAGCAAGUUACUUCCAUAUGUGCUUGUUGUAAUAUUGCUUAAACGAAUGAAACUAAAUGGGUGUCAUAGAACCAGACAAAUACCAGUAAAAGUUCUUAGCCAAAAUUAAAUUAAACGAAUGCCUUUGUCACAGAGCUGUUUUAAUGUAUUCUGGACUAUUUGCAUCUGCUGCUGGGAAUCGCAAUUCUCAAGAUGUCACUUUAUAGCAAAAUAGUACAUAUUCCCAGGGCAUUUAGUCUGUUGUGAAGAUCCAACCAUCAGUCUUAAAGCUCUUACCACAAAAUAAUUUGAUCAUGAAAAGAAAAUGAAU